ACCUGUUCUUCAUCUCCACACAGGAAAGCUGAAGCUACAAGAGAGAGCUGAGAAGAAAGAAGACAUCAUAAUCCAUUCAUCACUUUAAGUAUCUGCAUCAACUCAGCCAUGAAGAUGCUGACCGGGUUGCUACUUGUCUGUGCCACGAUGGCCCUGACUAAUGCUGCUGCUGUCCCAGAAGUAGAGCCUGAUCAAAAAGAACCAUCCAUUCAAAAAGCUGUUGCAGAAGCACAGCCUGAUGUAAUGGCAGUGGGAGCAUCUAUGGAAGAUGAUGACGGUCACACUGUCCAAAGAUCAAGCGUUUGUCCCAGUGGUUGGACUCAGUACGACGAUCGUUGUUUCCUCUACGUUUCAAAAGCAAUGACUUGGGCUAAUGCUGAGAUAAACUGUCAGGCCCAAGGUGGAAACCUCGCAUCAGUGCACAGCUUAAGUGAAUAUGCAUUUAUUCAGGGACUGAUACAUGGGAUCACUCAUAGGUAUCCACAGACAUGGCUUGGAGGCUCAGACGCACAAGAGGAGGGUGUCUGGCUGUGGACUGACGGUUCACGUUUCAAUUCCUUAAACUGGUGGGGAGGAUGGACUGACAACAACCUUAAUCAGCAGCACUGUUUACAGAUGAAUUGGGGAGAACGAAAGACCUUUGAUGAUGUCCAGUGUUGGUACAACCUUGGAUUCGUCUGUGCAAAGCCAAUCUGAUCAUCCCCUGGUUGAUGUAGACGCAUGAAGAACGUGUCGAGCAGAUAACCUCAUCUGUUUUUCUUUCAUCAAUUUGAUAUUCAACCCUGAAGGCUCUAUAUCUCAUCUCAAUUGUUUUUACUAUCGCUGUAACACUGUCACUGUCUCUCUGGCUUACGCCUCUAAUAAGAGCAGAAUCAAUGUGCAAUGGAAAGGAUGCUUUUAGCCCAACUUUAUUCUUAAAAGUGAACCGGCUUUUGUUGUUUUUAUGCUGAAUUAAAAGGCUCUUAGACAAA